GCAGGUAGAACAGGUAACGCGUCUUUCUGCUUCAGGAAACACUUCAGAUCGAAAACAACAACUGAAACUUCAUCGAUGAGAAGACACCAUGAAAUAUCAUUCUUCACGGCCUCUUUUCAGUCUGUCAUUAUGGAGAUCAGAGAGAGAUCUUCAUCUCCAGAUCACACCAGAGAGACUCUGAGGAGCCACAGAUCCAUGAAUCCUCCUGAAUCCAGUGAUGAUCCAGUGACCUCUGACCUCAGGAUCUGCAGUCAGAGAUCUUCAUCUCCUGAUCACAGCUAUGUGUCUCUGAAGAGUGAUAGAUCCAUGGGUAAUCGUCCUAAAUUGAGUGAUGAAGCAGUGACCUCUGACCCGAGGAUCUGCAGUCAGAGAUCUUCAUCUCCUGAUCACAGCUGUGUGUCUCUGAAGAGUGACAGAUCCAUGGGUAAUCGUCCUAAAUUGAGUGAUGAAGCAGUGACCUCUGACCCGAGCAGAGCAGAUGGAGAGCGAAGCAUCUCUGGAGGAGUCUCCUCUGUCUUCUGUCUGAACAACACAAGUGUUACAGCGUCUCUGAAUAAACAUGAUCAAGCAGUGAAUGAUGAACUACAGAGAGUCAAAGAGCAGCACAAAACCAGCAUGAAGAACAAGUAUGAGAGAUUAUGUGAGGGACUGAAACUCCAGGAGAAUGAGAGCCUCCUGAACAGCAUCUACACACAGCUCUACAUCAUAGAGGGGAUAAGAGAAGGAGUGAAUGAAGAACAUGAGGUUUUGCAGAUGGAGAAAACAGCCAGAACACAACACUCACAAGACACUCCAAUCUACUGCAAUGACAUCUUUAAAGCCUCAGCUGAAGCAGGAUCUGAGGAGAAAGAGCAGAUCAAGACUGUUCUUACUAAAGGCAUCGCUGGAAUCGGAAAAACCGUCUCUGUGCAGAAGUUCAUUCUGGACUGGGCCGAGGGAAAAGCCAAUCAGGAUGUAGAUUUUAUGUUUGUGCUUCCAUUUCGAGAGCUGAACUUGAUCCGAGAUCAUCAGUACAGUCUUCACAGACUUCUGCUGGACUUUCAUCCUGAACUUCAAGAUCUGGACUCACAGAUUUAUGAGGAGUGUAAAGUUGUGUUCAUCUUUGAUGGUCUGGAUGAAAGCAGAAUCACACUGAUGUUUUCAGACGCUCAGAAAGUUUGUGAUGUGACUGAGACUUCAUCAGUGGUUGUGUUGAUGUCAAAACUCAUGAAAGGAGAGCUGCUUCCCUCUGCUCUCAUCUGGAUCACCUCCAGACCAGCAGCAGCCAAUCAGAUCCCUUCCAAAUACAUCCACUGUCUGACAGAAAUCCAGGGAUUCACUGAGCCUCAGAAGGAGGAAUAUUUCAGGAAGAGAAUCAGUGAUGAGCAUCAAGCCAGCAGAAUCAUCUCACAUAUCAGAAGAGCAAGAAGCCUCCACAUCAUGUGCCACAUUCCCGUCUUCUGCUGGAUCUCAUCCACUGUGCUUCAGAAGCUCCUGGAAGAAGAUCUGAGAGCAGAAAUCCCUCAAACUCUGACUGAAAUGUACAUCCACUUCCUGCUGAUUCAGAUCAACAUGAGGAAGCAGAAGUAUGAUGAGAGAGAUCCAGAGAAACUCCUGCAGUCCAACAGAGAAGUGAUUGUGAAACUUGCUGAAGUGGCUUUCAAACAGCUGAUGAAGGGCAAUGUGAUGUUCUAUGAGGAGGACCUGAUUGAGAGCGGCAUAGACGUCACUGACGCCUCAGUGUAUUCUGGGAUUUGCACUGAGAUCUUUAAGGAGGAAUCUGUGAUUCAUCAGAGGAAAGUCUACAGCUUCAUUCAUCUGAGCGUUCAGGAGUUUCUCGCUGCUUUCUAUCUGUUUUACUGCUAUUUAACAACGAACAAGGAGUCACUGCAUGAAUUCAGAUCUUCACUGUGUAAAUUCAGAUUAUACAGAUCUGAUAAAGACUCUCUGUAUGGUCUACUAAGAUCAGCAGUAGAUAAAGCUCUUGAGAGUAAGAAUGGACGUCUGGAUCUGUUCCUGCGGUUCCUGCUGGGCGUCUCACUGGAGUCCAAUCAGAGACUCUUACAGGAUCUACUGACACACACAGAGAACAGCUCAGAGAGCAUCAGCAGAACCACACAGUACAUUAAAGACAAGAUCAAAGAUGAUUCUGAUGAUGAUGAUGAUGAUAAUGAUGGUAAAAAACAACACAAAAAACUAAAUCUAGAUGGUAAUCUCUCAGCUGAUCAGUCUAUCAAUCUGUUCCUCUGUCUGCUGGAAGUGAAAGAUCAGACUCUGUUCAGAGACAUUCAGAGGUUUGUGAAAUCAGACAAACACUCAGAGAAGAAACUCUCUGCUGCUCACUGCUCAACAAUCUCCUACAUGAUUCAGAUGUCAGAGGAGCCACUGGAUGAAUUGAACCUCCAGAAAUACAACACAUCAGCUGAGGGGAGAAGACGACUGAUACCAGCUGUGAUCAACUGCAGAAAAGCUCUGUGAGUGUUUCAUCAUGAACUAAAGUAUCAUAUUUAAUAAUGAAUCUGACACCUUUACAAUAAAUGUUCCUGAAUGAGAGAUUUUCUCCUGAAUAACAGGACAGAAUCUUAAAGGAGUCACGACAGGUGUUUUUAAUACAGUAGAUAACAGAGUAAAGCGUCUGUUAGCGCCGCGGGUAAAAACAACCCCAUCACAUGAGAAACUCAUUCAUUAAAUCAGCAGCAGCUGCAGCAAAGAGACGCUCCACACAUUGAUCAGUAAAGCUGACGUUCAGACACUUUCACUUGUGCUUGAAGUGUGCUUACUCUUUACUGUACAACACUAGGCAUUAUUUUAGAUUAUUAUACAUUUAAAGAGAUCCACAUUAUGCCAUAAAAUAAAUAAAACCAUAGAAAAGGUGUAUUCCUGUGAAUGGGAAUAUUAUGAGUGAUAUAGGUCUAGUUUUCUAACACAUAUUUACUCUGUCAGCAUUGUGACCAGAUUAAUGUCACAAAUAAAAGAUUAAAACUUACAUUUC